CUUAAUUUUAACCAAAAAGGCCUUUUUUCCUCUUUAAACCUGUCGGUGGACAACUCUUAACUGUGUCAUGUGACAAGUAAUCACGUGACAGAAGAUAAAAGUGUCAAUGUAUCUCAUGGAAUAACAUUUUGAUAAUUUUGUUUUGUUAAUUAUAAAGUGAGUAUGUCAUAGGCAGAAAAAAUAUAAUUACUGGCACUGGCAUUAAAAUUUAAAAGAUUAUCUCAGAUAUUCAAAUAUAAUUCAUUGUAUUUUUAUUGUAACUAAGAUAAUAAGGUAAUCUACCUUUUGAGCGUCGGCCAAGAAAAAAUCCAGUUUUUCCGAUUGGAAGGGCUAUGUAAACAACUAUUCUUACAUUGCAGUCUGUUAAUAUUUUUGCUUCCGUAUAGAGGCUAUAAAGUUAUAUAGCAUAAUAGAAAUACAUUUAAAUACUUAUUACUGCCAAGCUACCGAUAUGCCAGGAAGAAAAAGAGACAACAAUUUUUUUUUUUAUCCAGAUGACGCGGAUGUCCACACACAGAAUGUGGAAAACGUGAAUAAUCAGAAAGCAUAAACUGAAAAGACAGUUUGGCACAAAAAGCGCCGGUGAUCUUUCCCCUUCAUAUUUACGUGGAUUCAUGUACCACAACCGUUUUCGUGGAAAUUAUAUUUUUUUUAAACUUCAUUGUCAACUUGGGGGAUAACUAUUCAUAAUUCCAUUUUCACACAUUAUCUUCUAUUUCAAAAAAAUUGUUAUAGUUUUUCUAUUUUAAAAAAAUUUUCUAUUAUAAUGGGAAUGAAUAUGUACAACCAAUGUCAUUAAAAAUAAUAUAAGAAUAGUUGUUUAAAUAGCCCUUCCAACCUGAACAGCUGGAUUUUUUCUUGGCCGACGCUCAAGUGGUAGAUUACCGAUAAUAACUAAGAACAAUGAUAAAUGCUUCACUGUGCGACUGUCAGUGUGCCUUCCCCCUCGGUGUAGUAACAGUAACACAGUUCAAAAAUCAAUAUAAACACUCAUUCUUCCCACGAACAAUAAUUGCUUGGAACCAACUGGACAAUGCCGCUGUGGACUCGACAUCAAUCGAGAGUUUCAAAGCUGCCCUGGCGCCCGCUAGGAGCUGUUAGGAUAACUACAUCGUUUCCCAAACCGUUGCUUAUAUUCAUAUGCCAGUACUUGGUUGCAGCAACGUAGUCUAUCAGACAUAAUCAGAAUAUGCUUGAUCUUGGGCCCUCAAAAUAUUUUUCACGUCAACUUCACGGUGAAGAUUAAGAUGUGCCUUUUUUUUUUUUUUUAACUUCUCCCAACCUCACUUCAUCAAAAUCUAGCCAUACACAUUUUAAAUUUAAAUAAUAAUUAAUAUUAAUAAUGUCUAGGUCUAGCCCCAUAUCCAGAAAUUUGUUUGAAAGAAAUUUCGUUGACGGAAAGUUGAUUGAACGAAAAUUUGGUUGCAUCUUUUUUUUCAGUUCAAACGUUAAAAUUUUCGUCAAAUUUCUUUUUGAAUGCUCUAUUCUAUACCAUGUAGUAAACCAAAAUGAUGCGUUCAAAAAGAAAUUUGACGCAAAAUUUUAACGUGACAACUGAUAAAAAAGAUUCAACCAAAUUUCCAUUCGAUCAAAUUUCCAUCUAUCAAUUUUUCGUCAACAAAAUUUCUUUCAAACAAAUUUCCGGUAACCCAUUUUAAACAAAUGUUUACAUACAAUGUAAAAUUUGUAUUAAGUUAUUUUAAUUUUUAUGGGAAACAUUUAAAUGGCUAUAGGCUAUAUCCUUUAUUAAUACAAUAAUAUACUAUUAUACUAUGGGGUCGUCCAUUAAUUACGUCAAUAAUUAUUAAGUAAUUUUCCCCCCCCUCCCCCCCCCCCCUCCACCUUGUCAACAACUGUCAAACUUUCAAUGACCCCUCGUAUUUAAUCAUGUCAACAUUUUCUACCCCCCCCCCCCAAAAGGAAUUAUAUUAUAAAUAAAUUUAUAAAUACAUUUCACAUUGUGCUGAUCUAUUUUCUAGCUGCUAUCAUCUUCCCAUGGAGUAGCCAGGUUUGCUCUAUCAUAACAAUAGGCAUCAGGGACAUCAUUUUUGGAGGGCCGGAGGGCAUUCCCCCCCCCCCCCCAUAAUUUGCAGUUUUUAUUUAAAUUGCUAUGUAUUGUGGCACCUCCAGUAAUAAACAACUUAACAAGCCGACCAAGUUUUGGUUUUGCCUCCUCCCCCCUGAAAAGAACCUGAAAUGACACCCCUGAUGGGCAUAGUCUAUAGUAGCUGAUUUAUCAUUAGCAUCUUGCGGCACUGAUAUACCAGACAAGGUAUAGGAGCCUAUAUAUUGAUUGAAGUGAUUGAAGUGAUUGAAGUGAUUGUCUGGUUCAUUUCAACUAAUACUAAUAACUAAGGGGCUUCACUAUGAAAUUGAAAGUUUAUUGAUUUUUGAUUUGGCAUUACACAACUGCAUUACUAUUAUUAGUAUUGACUGCUAUGCAUUUUUUUCUAAUCUCUCAAGGAAAUUAUUUUUAGGUACAAAUAGGCCUUCAUGUCAUAAAUUAUCUCAUUUUAAGACUGUUGUGUGCUGAGAUUUACAAAUCAUUGAUGUUUUGCUAGAUACACUAUCACAUAGGUCAAGGCCAAGGAUAACAAAAACUUGUGACUUGUAACUGAACUAGACUACAUACAGAUAACUAAAUCACAAUUUUCUUGUGCUUGAGGAAGAGAAUAGAUAUUUAAGAAUAAUGGCUUCAGGAAAAACUCAGUAAGUUUCAUUAUAAAAUUGAUAUUGAUCAUUGCUUAUCUUAAGGUGCAUGCACUUCUUCUCAUGCUAUGAGUAGACAAUUUUUGUUAAAAGUUAAAUUGUAAUAUCCACUACUAAUAUUACAUUAAACAAUUUUUAAAUUCUUAGUUCAGCUACCUAAAUUUCUCGACUUUUCAAAAGACUAACAUAGACACCUUUCAAUGGUAUAAAAAUGAUGUACACUUAGGCCUAACUUUUUUUUCUCAGACCAACAUUUAGCAGAGGAGACCAUACUCAUGUUAUACCUAUGGAGCUCUUUCAACAAAAUCGCAAGCGACUAUGUGAUAGAUUGAUUUCUACUGGGAAAGUGCCAAAAGGAGCUUUCAUUGUACUUCAAGGAGGUGGUGCAGAAACUCGCGAUGACACUGAUCAUGAACCUCUUUUCAGACAAGUACGUUACCCCUCCCCCAUAAAUUUAAACACAACAUCUUUUUAUUUAAAACAUUUUACUUUUAAAAAACAUAAAAUAAUUUUCGAAUGUUUGAUAAAAUAAUUUUCGAAUGUUUGUUUACGAUAAUGACACUCACAUAAAUAAUGUUAUUUUUAAGGAAUCCUUUUUCCAUUGGGCUUUUGGAGUUGAAGAGCCAGAUUUCUUUGGAGCAAUAGAAGUUGACACAGGCAGAGCCAUACUGUUUCCUCCUCACUUGCCUGAAGCCUAUGCUGUUUGGAUGGGAAGGUAGGCCUAUCUAUUCAUAAAUGGCCAAAGAACCAUUUAUACCCCCCUUUAUCCUGUGAGUUUCCAAAAGGCUAAAAAUACUAUUUGGCCCUGGCCCUGGAGUAAACCUAACAACAUCGGAAUACAAAUUAUUCUGUACUGGUGUAGAUGUACUUUUUUUUUAAAUUUAUUUUGACUUGUAAAUUUCAUUUUUGUUUAGUAAGAUGCACUAAGCUAUUAAGAUUAACACUUGAAUUGGUCUUGAUGUUAGAAAAACUUUUUCUCUUAGGCUUUUGACUGAAGAUGACUUCCAGCGCUUGUACUCUGUUGAGGAGGUCCAUUUUUCUGACAAGGUCGGUUCUUUAAGUUGUCAAUUAAAGGUUAAUGCAGCCAUUUUUAAAUUAAGUUCCCCAAAAACAAACAAGAAUACAUUUAUAUACUGUAACUUAUGAAAUUUAUUUGCAUGAGAGUUGUCUCUAUAAUAUAUCUAUUAAUGUCAUUUGUCUCCAGAUUGUUGAAGUGCUUAAAAAUAAAAAUGUCUCGGUCCUGUUGACCCUGGUGAGUCUUUAAUAUCUGCAGUAGUUUAUUAUAUAUUAAUAAGAUAUUUCAGAAAAAACUAUUCCUUUUUUAAAUAACAGCAGACCUACCAUUAUGACCUUUUCUUUGAAGGAAUUACUGUGGGUGGAAAUGUUAUGACCUUCUUCUUUAAGGAUGUUUGGUGUGUAUCAAGAUAGCUGCAGCAAUUCUUUAUUAUCACGGCAACUAUCAGUUCACAAAAUCUCCUCCUUUAAAACUUCACUGCACUGACUCCUAUCCUAAGACCACUCUUGUCUCACUGACCAACCACCAACUUGUACCUUUUUAUGCUAUCUUGAUAACUCAACAUACUGACAAUAACUGAACUCCACAAACUGACCUUGCAUCACCUGACCUAUGACCGCUUGCCCUCCCAAAAUCUCUCACAUCUCAUGAUCAACAUCUGUCAUAAACAAACAAUCACGCUUCCAAUUCCAGUUCAUAACGCUAAGCAGAAUUAGAAAUAUAACAAGGUAGUAGUAAUAAGACAAGUAACAACAUAUAAAGAGGGACUUAGCAUAUAAAAGUAUCAACAAAAGUUUUUUCUAUAUAUUUUAAAAAUGCUUUUAAAUUCUUUUCCAAAAUUUAUAAAAAUGUUCACUAUUCUGGUAACACCUUUAUGUUCUUCUUUUCAUUGAAAGAUGUUUUUCUUUAAACAAUGCUUAACUGGGUUAAAUCAGAACAGAGAAUGAUUUUACCCGAUUUCAGCUGUCCUGCUUCAAAUUCUAAAUUUUUAAAUUUUUUAUUUUAAAGUUUUAUAUUUUGUUUAUUUCAGCAUGGUCUGAACACAGACAGUGGUAAAUACAGCAAAGAGGCAGUCUUUGAAGGCAUUGGAGAGUAAGCAAUUUAAGGACUAAAGUAAUUUGGAAAGAUAGUUUCUACCAGUGACAUGACAUUUAUAAACAUUUAGUUUAGUUUAUUGUCCUGAAAUAGUUAUUUUUUUUAAGACCGCUGAAGAUUUAUUUGUUCAUUUGGCUUUAGCAGUUGGUAGAUUUUUAAAAAGAUACAGAUAAAUAUAUUAUUUACUGAAUCAACCUUAUGCUUAUCUUUCUGUUUCUACCAUUUAAUCCUUCUCCAUUAAAAUUGAUACAAAUUUCAGAUUCACUGUCAACAACGAGAUUCUUCAUCCUGAAAUUACAGAAUGGUAAGGUUCAGAAUAGCCAAGCAAGAGAUGAAAUUAAUGUAGAAAUCAGCAGAGUUUCUGUUCCUUAGCUAUUUUUUCACAUUUUGUAAAGUUGUGAUGACAGUGAAGUGACCCUAGAAGGGUAUUAAUUAUGACCCACAUUUUGAGGAGUUUUUCUCAUAAAUUAUAAAUUAAAAAGAAAAAUAUUUGUUAGACAAUGUGUAUCAGUAAUAUAUUUGUAUUAACAUUUUCAACUUAGGAUGAUUAUUUUAUAAAUAUUGAAAUAUUGUGUAUUUCAGUCGUGUGUUUAAGAGUGACCUUGAACUUCAAGCCCUAAGAUAUGCCAAUAAAAUCAGCAGUGAAGCUCACAUUGAGGUUAGUUUUCUUAGAAAUGUAACUGAAGUGUUUCAUAAAACGCAAAUCGCUGUGGAAUUUCUGGAAUCUUUUUAUGUUUACUCCAAAGCCAGUGUUUUUAUUCAUAUGGCAUAUCAUGAUCUAUAAAUGUUUGAUAUUUCAGGUCAUGAAGAAUGUUCGCCCUGGAAUGUUUGAAUACCAAGCAGAGAGGUUCAUUGGUUUUUUUUUGGUUCAUUUAAAUAAUCCGAAUUUUUUAAUGUCUUUAUCUAUUUUCAAAUCUGUACUAGUUCAAAUCAGUUUUCAUGUAAUGUUCUAUUCUUCAUAACUUAUUUUAUUUUAUGUUAUAUCAUAUCAUAUUUGAUUAACUAUUUCCUUGAGAUUUUACUUUGUUAAAAAUUAAAUAUGAUAAUAAAUAAGCAUAUUUUUUUCUUUCAACAGUAUAUUCCAUCAUUAUUGUCGUUACACAGGCGGUCUCCGAAUGCUCUCUUACACUUGCAUUUGUGGGAGGUAAAAAAUGAUGUCCAAUUUUUCUUAUUGUUUUUUUUAAGAAACUUUCUUGGUCCCAUUUGCUAGACACUUAAACUCUAAACACUUUAUCCAGCCAUUAUUUAUGAUUGUGCAUUGUUCAUAGACAUAAAUAAUCAAACAAUUGUAAUUAACAUCUGCAAGUUCAAAGGGAGACAAUAUUGAUUGCAAUCAGGUAGGGUCAUCUAAUUUGCAUUGCAUUGUUUGUUUUUUUGUUAGUUUCACAUUUUUCUAUAUAUAAUAUAAAUUCACUCAUAGUGGGAAAAGUCAUGGACAUUAGAAUAACUCACUAUUAAAUUUCUGGUUUAAUAAGCAAUAUAGCAUUAUUAUUUUUAUUUCAACAUUUGUAAACCGGUAAUUUUUUUUUUUUUUUUAAAUAUCAGAAAUUAAUUUUUAAAUAUUCAGUUUUCUUUGAUCUUAAUUUUACUUUUCAGUGGUCACAAUGGAUCAGUCCUACAUUAUGGCCAUGCUGGGGCUCCCAACUCCAAAGAAAUUCAAAAUGGUGACAUGUGGUAAGUUUCAGUUCCUACUGGUUAAUGGUCAGUUCCUUAAAAAAAAUAUUGGACAUAAAACAGAAAAUGCUUGCAUCUGAGCAUUUCAUUUUCUUCUGAGAUCUGGGAUUAUUUCAUUUCUGAGUGGAGAUCAUGCUAUAUUCAUAUAACUUUAUGACAAUGACAUAAACACUUGCCUGUUACUUGAUGACAUAAACACUUGCCUGUUACUUGAUGACAUAAACACUUGCCUGUUACUUGAUGACAUAAACACUUGCCUGUUACUUGAUGACAGUUGAACACAGUUACAGAUAUUAAGGUUUGUAUACCUUCCCCCAGUUUGUUUGACAUGGGUGGAGAGUACUACUGCUAUGCUUCAGACAUCACAUGUUCCUUCCCAGCCAAUGGAAAGUUUACAGCUGAUCAGAAGGCCAUUUAUGAAGCUGUACUUGCCUCCAGUCGGGCUGUCAUCGCUGCUAUAAGGCCAGGUCACAAAUUUAAUCAGAAAAUUAAAUAUUUAUCAAAUUAUUUAUGGCGUUAUUUUUUAAAUAUAAUUCUUUAUUAAACAGAUACUUGACUGUAAACCAGCAAAGCAUUUAAAGACACUGUCUGAUAAUGGCAAUGAUGUAAUUUCACAAAAUUGGUCAGAUACGUCUGACAAUGUACAAAGUAAUGAUUGUUUACUAUUUGACUGUUAUUUUAUCCAGGAGUGAGCUGGCUGGACAUGCAUCUACUGGCAGAACGUGUGCUUCUGGAGCAUCUCGUACGGCUCGGAAUUCUUCAAGGAGACAUUGAGGAAAUGAUGCGCGUGAGGCUGGCUGCUGUCUUCAUGCCUCAUGGUCUCGGACAUUUUCUUGGUGUGGACACACAUGACUGUGGUGGUUACCCCCAGGUAAGGUCUAGUCCAAUGUUACAGGUAAUACAGGGCUAAUGUCCACAGCUAAUACAUUAGUGGUUACCCCCAGGUAAGUUGUAGUCCAAUGUUACUCUCAAAACAAACCUCUCCCUCCAUUCACUCCUUCUUCUAUAUCUAUUGGCAACUCUGACAUUACACUCUCUCCCUCUGCCAGAAACCUUGGAGUCACGCUUACGGACACCCUCUCCAUGGAGAAACAUGUCACGAAUAUAUGCAGAUCAGCAUAUAACGAAAUUAGAAAAAUCAGCACCAUUAGACACCUCCUCUCCUUUGAUGCCACAAAAACUCUCGUCUCUUCACUCAUUCUUUCAAAAUUUGACUACUGUAACAUUCUUCUCUCAGGCAUUCCUCAACACCACAUAGAAAAACUUCAGAAGGCACAGAACUCAGCAUGCAGACUCAUUUUUAAAUCAAUGAAACAUGACCACAUUCAACCACACAUGCGGCAACUCCACUGGCUUCCAAUAUCCUCUCGCAUCAAAUACAAGUCUGCCAAUCUUUGCUUCAACUCGUUCACUGACCCUCACUUUCCUGUCUAUCUCUCUGAACUGUUGCUUCCUUACAUCCCCACAAGACAACUACGUUCUUCCAUUGACAGUAGAACCCUCUCAAUCCCAAGAACUAAAACUAAGACCAUCGGUGAACGCUCCUUCUGCUUCCAUGGGCCCACGUUCUGGAACCAGCUCCCCUUCCAUAUACGUCAUAGUGAAACCUCGUCCAUUUUCAAAAAGUCCCUUAAAACUCAUCUGUUUAGGUCCGCCUAUGACCUGUGAUGCACCCUCCUUGCCCUACCUCAUUUUCUGUUUCGGGUUGAUCCUGAAGUGUCAAAGUGUCCUCGUUUUAUAGCCAUUUUCAUUGUUUCUAUAGAAAAGUAGUUACUAUCCUAGUGUCUCAUUUGUAUUUACUUAGUUUACAUGUUUUAAUAAUUGUAAAGCGCUUAGAGCUUUAUGAUAAGCGCUAUAUAAAAAUGCCUAAAUAAAUAAAUAAUACAUGGCUAAUGUCCACAGUUAAUACAUUGGUCAGUGUCCAAUGAUAAUCCACUGGGUUAACUCCACAGAUAAUUCCCUAGCCAAGGUCCCCAGAUAAUGCACUGGCCAAGGUGCACAGAUAAUGCACUGGCCAAUGUCUAUGGAUAAUGCACUGGUCAACAUGCAUGGAUAAUGCACUGGGUAAUCUCCACAGAUAAUGCACUGGCCAAUGUCAACAGACAAUGCACUUGGUGAUCUACUCUUGUGCUUGAUCAAUAGAAUAAAUGUGUUACAGUAUAUUAGAAUUUCAUUUGCACAUGUGUCAAGUCUUCUCCAUAUUUCAAGCUGCCUAGGAUUAGUUCAAUCUUAGCUGUUGCUCACCCUGGAUGUGCACUUUGCUCACCCUGGAUGUGCACUAGUUCAAUCUUAGCUGUUGUUCACCCUGGAUGUGCACUUUGCUCACCCUGGAUGUGCACUUUGCUCACCCUGGAUGUGCACUUUGCUCACCCUGGAUGUGCACUUUGCUCACCCUGGAUGUGCACUUUGCUCACCAUGGAUGUGCACUUUCCUUCACCCUGGAUGUGCACUUUGCUCACCCUGGAUGUGCACUUUGCUCACCCUGGAUGUGCACUUUGCUCACCCUGGAUGUGCACUUUGCUCACCCUGGAUGUGCACUUUGCUCACCCUGGAUGUGCACUUUGCUCACCCUGGAUGUGCACUAGUUCAAUCUUAGCUGUUGCUCACCCUGGAUGUGCACUAGUUCAAUCUUAGCUGUUGCUCACCCUGGAUUCGCACUAGUUCAAUCUUAGCUGUUUCUCCUCCUGGAUGUGCACUUUAAAGUUUUUACCUUUUUUAAAAAAAAUCUCUUGUCAAAUUGAACCAUGGCAAGUUUAAGCAAUGUUGAAUAAGAAUAAAUCUAUCAUUUGGAUACGAGGAAUAUUUUGAUUUUAUCACUUGACCAGGGAACAUCGCGGAUUGAUGAGCCAGGCUUGAGAUCUCUACGCACAACUCGUACACUGGAACCACGUAUGGUCAUCACAAUAGAACCAGGAUGCUACUUCAUGGAUAUUGUAAGUUCACGCCCAAUUCAUAUAGAUUGGAGAAUAUAGAUUGGAGAAUAUAGAUUGGAGAAUAUAGAUUGGAGAAUAUAGAUUGGAGAAUAUAACAAAAUGUCAAGUUUUUCUUUCUUUUUGUUUUGUUUUUUUUUUGUUAGUGAGAAACCCUUUAGUUAGUGAGAAACCCUUUAGUUAGUGAGAAACCCUUUAGUUAGUGAGAAACCCUUUAGUUAGUGAGAAACCCUUUAGUUAGUGAGAAACCCUUUAGUUAGUGAGAAACCCUUUAGUUAGUGAGAAACCCUUUAGUUAGUGAGAAACCCUUUAGUUAGUGAGAAACCCUUUAGUUAGUGAGAAACCGUAUAGUUAGUGAGAAACCCUUUAGUUAGUGAGAAACCCUUUAGUUAGUGAGAAACCCUUUAGUUAGUGAGAAACCCUUUAGUUAGUGAGAAACCCUUUAGAUCAUUUAUUUUUCUACUCAUAAAAUAAUUGAAUUGUCAACUAGUAUCUUUUAGUUGCUGGACAGAGCCUUAUUCAACUAUUAUUAUCUUUUAGUUGCUGGACAGAGCCUUAUUCAACUAUUAUUAUCUUUUAGUUGCUGGACAGAGCCUUAUUCAACUAUUAUUAUCUUUUAGUUGCUGGACAGAGCCUUAUUCAACUAUUAUUAUCUUUUAGUUGCUGGACAGAUGAAUGAAAUAGCAAAACGAGAUAUGUGGAAGGUUAAGUAAGAGAACAGGACAAAAAACAAGGACGUUUCGGCAUAAAGCGCUCUUCAGCUAACAGUAGAAAUGAAAAUAUAACAAAGAACAGAGCACAGUAGAAACUCAAGAAGUAUCCAUUUGUGUCGUCGGAAUCAUGCAAAGACUCUAUACCUUUCUCACAACUUCUUAGACUACGGCGUCUCUGCCAAAUUGAUGAGGAAUUUUUGGAAAGAGCUGAUGAAAUGAUGGAUUUCUUCCGCUCUAGAUCCUAUCCUGAAACUACUCUUGUCUCAGUACUAGGUUUCAUCAGCACUAUCACACAAAAAGAGGCUUUCAAAACUCGUCAAAACAACAAUGAAGAUCGUACCAAACUUAUACUAACCUACCACCCUUACAAUUUAACUGCUAAAAAAGUAUUCCUAAAAAAUCAUAGCAUACUUCUUGCUGACCCCGAUACCAACAGGGUUUUCUCAUCCCCUCCACCGAUUGUCUUUAAACAGGACGAAAAUCUAGGUGAUCUUCUGGUUCAUAGUCGCCUUCGAUCUGAACCGGCUUACGUUGGUACUAAACCAUGCUUAAGAGGCCGCUGCAGAACUUGUCCCUUUAUUCUCCAAACUGAAAGCAUUGGCCUCCCUAAAGGUACCUUUACCAUUAAAGAGGGUUUCACCUGUGUCAGCCAUAAUGUAAUAUGCGAUUGUGUGCCGUAGAUGCCAAUCUAGCUACAUAGGUGAAACUGGGAGAAGAUUGGGUGAUAGGUUUACUGAACAUCUAGGGGAUAUUGAGCAAUGUAAACCUUUCUUUCAACAGAAAAGAACAGAAAGGUGCAUUGGAUGUAACUCUUACGGCACUGAUUUCAUGCAGUAACACACUGGAGAGGGUUAAAAUGGAAAAUACAUUUAUCCAGCUGUUGGGCACCAUAUCUCCAUAUGGUAUUAACCAAAUACUAUCCUACUAAUGUUUCUCUGUUUCCCUGUAUUUCAUCUAUUUUCUUAUUGCUGUGUGUUGAUGUAUCCCUGGAUAUUCUGGUCCAUUAUUAUUGUGGACUUCAUUUUUCACAGUGUCAAUAUUUAUAUUCUCUCGCUUCCUGUGUUCCCACUUCUGGCGACACGAAUGGAUACUCCUUGAGUUGUCUACUGUGCUCUGUUCUUUGUUAUAUUUUCAUUUCUACUGUUGGCUGGGGAAAGCUUUAUGCCGAAACGUCCUUGUUUUUUGUCCUGUUAUCUUACUCUAGCUUCCACAUACCUCGUUUUUCUAUUUCAUUCAUUUACUAAGCUUGAAUGCAGUCCUUUAAUUUAUAUUUACUGGACAGAGCCUUAUUUAACUAUUAUCAUCUUUUAGUUACUGGACAGAGCCUUGAAAGAUGAGCGCCAUCAACAGUUUAUUGUUCCUGAAGUUUUGAGGCGAUUCAGAGGAUUUGGCGGGGUAACUGUUCAUGUGUCCCUGUGGAAUGAUGUUAUCAUUGCUUAUUUGGCGGGGUAACUGUUAAUGUAUCCCUGUGGCAUGAUGUUUUCAUUGCUUAUUUGGCGGGGUAACUGUUGAUGUGUCCCUGUGGAAUGAUGUUAUCAUUGCUUAUUUGGCAAGGUAACUGUUGAUGUGUCCCUGUGGAAUGAUGUUAUCAUUGCUUAUUUGGCGGGGUAACUGUUGAUGUGUCCCUGUGGAAUGAUGUUCUCAUUGCUUGCUGUACAGUUAUGAGUGCCAACAUUCUAAAUAUUCCUUUUUUACAAAAAAAAUUAUUCUUCAUUCUUUUAUCUCAACUUAUCAGUGUAUGUGAAUCUAAUGUGAAUCAAAAUUUCUCUUCUUUUUUGGGUGUGUAUAAUGUUGUGUGGUGGAGAGUGGCAUCCUCCAGUUCCAAUGUUGUGUGGUGGAGAGUGGCAUCCUCCAGUUCCAAUGUUGUGUGGUGGAGAGUUGAAUCCUCCAAUUCCAAUGUUGUGUUACUCCCAAGACAUUUUUUGAUGUACAGUUAUUUUGCAGAUAUUCCAAUGAGAAUCGACCUACAGUUUAGUUGCACACAGUCCAAUGUUGUGCCCCUCCCAUGAGGACUGACCUACAGUUUAAGUACUACCAGUCCAAUGUUGUGCCUCUCCCAUGAGGACUGACCUACAGUUUAAGUACUACCAGUCCAAUGUUGUGUCCCUCCCAUGAGGACUGACCUACAGUUUAAGUACUACCAGUCCAAUGUUGUGCCACUCACAUGAGGUCUGACCAACAGUUUAAAUACUACCAGUCCAAUGUUGUGCCACUCCCAUGAGGACUGACCUACAGUUUAAGUACUACCUGUCCAAUGUUGUGUCCCUCCCAUGAGGACUGACCUACAGUUUAAGUACUACCAGUCCAAUGUUGUGCCACUCCCAUGAGGUCUGACCAACAGUUUAAAUACUACCAGUCCAAUGUUUCCAUCUUCUUGUCUUUUCAAUAGUUUAUCCUUCAUCUCAUCGUCAUUUUAAUGUUAAUGGAAGAAAAAUUUAUUGUUAAUUUUUUUUAAAUUAUUUUUUGUUGCCAUAAUGAAGCAGACAAUGACUACCAUGGACAUAUUGUAUCUUUUUAGGUGAGAAUUGAGGACGACAUUGCGGUAACUGACAGUGGUUUGGAGCUGCUCACGACUGUGCCCAGGGCAGUGGAGGAAAUAGAAAGGGUUAUGGCAGAAGGGAGACAAUCUCACCAGCCUUUGCCUCAGUCCAGGACCUGCUGUUAACAACAAUGAAAAUUUAAAGGGUCAAGAAUUAAUGCCCUUCCUUCUUUCUCUGAUUAGGUUCAGUGAAAUAUUCAUGUUGUUUUUUUGCUAGAACUGCUGGUAAUUGACUAACUGAUACCAAAAUAAAAUAGUAAAGCUACUUUUUGCCUCUCAUUAUGUUCAGCAAAACAUAUCAAACAUUUUCCAUUUGUUAGAACUGCUGGUAAUUAAAUAAAUGAGAAUAAAAUAAGUAUAGCAAUACUAGCACAUGCAAUCAUGAUGUAGAACACAAUCAAAUAGAUAUAUUAUUAAGAUUAUGAUUUAAUGUUUUUUUUAACUCUCAGAGAAUAUGAAAUAUUUAUCUGGUAAUGGAAAAUUCUUAGUGUGAUAUUAACUUAUCGUAAAAUAAUUAAUAUGACAUUUUAAGGGAAAUUCUAGAUUUUAGCUGUUUUUUUUUUUUUAAAUAAAUCUUAUAUGCUAUGGAAGUAAUUUCAAUAACGUCACUAAUCAGUAUUGAAAGUGUUUCCCCUAAGUUAUCCAGAAAUCUUGAGAAAGUUAUUGUUUUUGUUUGCCAUUCCAAGAAUUUGUUUAUAUAACGAGCCACCCUAACCCCGUUUCUUCAUAAUUUGCUUAAAAAAUUAUUAUUUUUUUAAAAAAGAUUUCUUUAAUUAUAUUUAACCAGUCUUUUCUUUGAUAGAUGAUGUUUUUAAUUUUUCAAUAGCCUGAAGUCAUUUUGAUGAUAUACCAUAUUCCUUCUAUCUAGAAGUGGACCAAAUAUUGACUCAUUUGUAAUUCAGAGACGCAUUGAUUCAUUGAUUGUAAACAAUUUAAUUUUGUUGACCUGCCCCUAGUCAUCAAUGAUGAAUGUAAUAUUAAUGACAAACUUGGCUACUUAUAUAACCUCACGAGUCAAGGAUAUUGCCUUACAACCAACAGCAAGUCAUGGGUGAGUGACAGCCGAGUGACAGCCAAUCCACAAAAGAUGUAUUCACCCUAAAAAAAAAUCAGGCUCAGCCCAUCUAUAGUUCCUCAUUGGUGUCGGCAGUAGACAUAUAAUUGAUAUACAUGUGAUGGAUUUGAGAUGUACUUAGGAAGUCUAUGUGAUGCUAUGUAAUGUAGGGAUCUACGUAAUGUGUACAUAAUGUUUUUGUGAUGUGUCACUGCUCGUAUUGCCUUAUUAUAAUUUAAAUGAAAACUUUUUUAGGGUUUGACCUAUCUAUGCCAGGUAAUCCAAUUAUUUGUGACUGAAUAAACAUAUUUGAUUAACU